AUGCCCCGUGCCAGAAGGCGCUUUGUGAACCACUCGGCCACGUUGCAGGUGCAAAUCGGAUUUCACGGGGUGCGGGGCCGCUCCCCGCGGACUCUGGUGGUAAAGACCAGCUCUGUGAAGACGGGCACAACCCUGGGGCCUCCCGAACCUCGGCAGGCUAAGGAGCGAGUGUGGCCACUCCCCGGCCUGAAGGACGCAGCACCUGCCGCCGACGACAGGACAGUGGCCCCUGCAGUGCUGCUUGAAUACCUUUAUCUGAUUGGCUUUGGGUCCUCCUCGCUGCGAACCAGAGAAGCUUUGGAGGCCCAGCCCCUAGUCCGGCGUGUCAGCUCCGUAAAAGCCGCGCCCCCGUCACGAGCCGUGGGAAAGGCAGGGACAAGACCCAUCUUGCAGAAAGCUGAUCCAACAGAGGCCUCGGGAGGCGGGAAGAGGAGAGGCGGUGAGGAGAGCUUGGUCCAGGAGGAGAACAAGAAGAGCAAGAUCGAUGCCGCGGCCUUCUCCUCUCGCCUCCCAGCUGACGCCCCAGCACCGCCCGCGCCCUUUGACCACCGCAUUGUGACGGCCAGGCAGGCCGCGGUCAACAGCUUCUACACCGUGAGCAGGACCGAGAUCUUAGGAGGUGGGCGCUUCGGCCAAGUUCACAAGUGUGAGGAGAAGGCCACGGGCCUGAAGCUGGCGGCCAAGAUCAUCAAGACCAGGGGCGUGAAGGACAAGGACGACGUGAGGAACGAGAUCAGCGUCAUGAACCAGCUGGACCACGUGAACCUCAUCCAACUCUACGACGCCUUCGAGUCUAAGAACGACAUCGUCCUGGUCAUGGAGUACGUGGACGGAGGCGAGCUCUUCGACCGCAUCAUCGACGACAACUGCAGCCUGACGGAGUUCGACACCAUCCUGUUCAUCAGGCAGAUAUGCGAGGGGAUAAGACACAUGCACCAGAUGUACAUCCUGCACUUGGACCUGAAGCCUGAGAACAUCCUGUGUGUGAAUCGGGACACUAAACAAAUAAAAAUUAUUGACUUUGGAUUGGCCAGAAGGUACAAACCCAGAGAGAAGCUGAAGGUGAACUUUGGAACUCCUGAAUUCCUCGCCCCUGAAGUUGUGAACUACGAUUUUGUCUCCUUUCCCACUGAUAUGUGGAGUGUGGGUGUCAUCACCUACAUGCUACUCAGCGGCUUGUCCCCCUUCCUGGGCGAUGACGAUGCUGAGACCCUGAACAACAUCCUGGCCUGCAGGUGGGACCUGGAGGAUCAAGAGUUCCAGGACGUCUCGGAGGAGGCCCGGGAGUUCAUCUCCAAGCUUCUCAUUAAGGAGAAGAGCUGGAGAAUCAGCGCGAGUGAGGCUCUCAAGCACCCUUGGCUGUCGGAUCACAAGCUGCACUCCAGGCUCCGCACGCAGAAGAGGAAGAAUUGCUGCUCUGAUGCCCAGGACCUGGUGACCAAAUAGUGUCCGGAAAGCGCCCUCCUGAAAGGAAAACUGCUGUGGUUGCUGCUGCCUUGAGAAGAUUUUUGGAAAAAUCAGCAAUUCUGAUGCCUUGACCCCUAU